AGGGAACCUUCCCGUUACGAUUUUCUCUUCGUUUCACGCUCUCCUUUUUCCCUCUGAGCUGAUUGUGUAUGAUAAUGAUAAAAUAUGAGAUCUCUGAAAAGUGCCAAAUAGAAGCUGGCUCACACGGCAAACCGAGGAAGGACUGAAGACUGAAAUUUGGCAACAAUGUUUGGUGAAUAACCCAUACAUUUCAGUAUGUAAUCUACAAAAAAAAAAAAAAUGCUGUAAGACUGCUCUGUUUUGCUUUUUUUCUUUUAAACUUAUUACACAGCAGACCAUCACAAUUCCUCUAAAAGCAACUACACUACAGAGAUUGCAAUCUGAAAUUCCUUUUGAAAUUACAAAUCUUUUCUUUCCCACAGCUUCAUAGCAUGUUAUUUACUUCAGACAUGGAUUCUGGACUUCUUUCCUUGGCUGUCCUGCUGAGUCUUUAAGAGCUUUAUGGAUUAAAUUAUAAUAGAAACCACUGCGUUAUAGCCUGUUCCAUAACACUAAUGGUUCAAAAACAUGGAGGUGAUGAGUAUGAAUGAAAUCAAGGAAGCAAAGCAGUAAUCAAGUUCCCACAGCUUCAUAGAGAACUGAGCUAAGAAUUACUGUACUUCCCCCACAAUGCCAGCUCCCCAAUUCUCUUGCCAUUUCUCUGAAUCCUAGCAGCCAAAAAUUUGUUGCCAGGUCAGGGAAACAGAUCUGCCUAUAGAAGGCCAAUAAAAACCAGGCAGAACUAAUCCCCCGACUUCAUCUUCUCCGGCACCAUAACAAAAAUGUUGCAAAUUGUAUGGCAAGGCAUAUUUAAACAGGGAAAUCAUACUUUAAACUGAGACAUCUUAAUUCAAAUAUAAGAUCCCUUUAUAGUGGGUUGAAGAUCAGGUGUUCUAUACCGUUAUGAAUUUUACCUGGUUUUCUACCUGCCUCCUGAAGAGGUAUCAGAUGGUCUUUGCUGAGUUGAUUUUAAAGUUCUUUUCUCUCAUUUUUUAAAAAUUAAGUAAUAAUUAUAGCUAUGAAUUUGAUACUUUGACAUUUUUGCUUCAUCAAAUGUUCACUUUUAAGUUCACUUAAAGUUCUUAUUGUACUUCAUGGAGCAUAAUAAAAUCACUAUUAUGCAUGUUGAACUACUGUUGGUUGAAUAAAUUGCAAUUAUCAUAAUCAGAUAGGCUAAUAUAUAAAUAAUAGUUUAUUUAUAUAUUUAUUUAAUAUUAUAAAUUCCCAUAACAUUUUAAGCUACAAAGAAAUAUGUGAUGUUUGAAAUUAGAUUACAAGUAUGUAUGCAAACUAAUGUAAGAAAUUUCAGGUAUUGGAGGAAGGUGGAGUAUCAAAAAUAAAUUAUUUUAAUAAAUAAAUAUUUUUAAAGAUCUAUCCCAGCGAUCUAUCUAUUCCUCUACAGGAAUCUGUUGCAGAGAUCUAAGGUAUUAUAAAUAAAUUGACCUUGAUUUUUGAUCUAGUGCAAAGUUAAUACUGUAUAUGAGAUCAAGCAGUUACUUCCCCUUUAAGAUAUACAUCCACAUCAAAGGAUAUAAAUUAGACACAAUGAAAGUACUUGUUCAGUUGUAAAGAUUUCCCUUAGUACUAUGAAACAUGGAAGAAAGGACAAAGCCAGCAAUUACAAUGGUUAAUACAAAGGAUAUCACUAAGGUGUCUUUAGCUCAGUUUCUAAGCUUUUACAAACAACCCAUAAGUGAAGAACAAGCCUGGGCUAUAUGCUUUCAUGGCUGUUGUAAAAUGGAUCAGAUAUUAGCUCAGGAACUAGGUUCUGUAGUUCAGAUGAAGAUUCUAGAUAUUGAUGACCUCUAUAUUCAUUCUGACGGAAGUAUAUCUUUCACUAUCAAACAUAACUAUGAUGGUCACAUAAAUCAACAGCCAAGGGAGAUUUUAGAAGAUAAGUUGGCAGAAUCAUUAGGAAAGUUGAUCUACAAAGCUCUGGACUGGGGAAUCGAGAGCCAUAUGGAGAGAGAGCUGAGUGAGUCACUGGCAAAGCUAAUAACGGUUAUGCUCAAACUGAAUGCAGAGACCUCAAACACCACAGUUGCUUUCCAGGAUGUAAUCAAGAUCUGUGAGGAUCACUUCCACAGACCAUCCAAAGCUGCCAGUCAUUAUACAACCAUCUGCCAAAUGCUGUUCUCUGAGUACAUUGAGCUUCAGAAACUUAUGUUAACCAUACAGAAUUGCAAAGAGGAUUUGGGAAGAAUGAAUGAAGAAGACUGUUCUGUCAGGCAGAAGACAAACAAUUGGAAAAGAGCGAAGCUGCAGAAGGUUGAGCAAACUCUGCACAGCAUUCCUCCAGGAGAAGGCAUCCUUUCAUCCUACAGUAUGGUGGUGGAUGAUAUUAAAAACAGACGCUACAGCCUCCAUUCAGUAUCAGUAUGGAAAUUGAAGGAGAAGACCUUCCGAGAACUCAGCCUGCAUGAGCAGCUCAUGAUUGAAGUGAAAAAUCCACCCAAACUUCGACCCAUCUUUGUACAGAAAAGUGGCAACAAUUAUAAAGGAGAUACUCAGAAGUUCAUCCUGAAUUCUCCACAUAAUAGUAUCUUCCCUGAACAGAAUAUCAGCACUGACUUCUCAAAAGCUAAAAAACCACGACUGAGCUACAUUCAGUCAGAUUUGGAACCAAAAAUAAAACUAGGAGAGCUAUGUAAGGAGGGUAGAGGAUCAGAAACCAAGACAUGUUCAAGAUGGUCAUUACCAAGCAUUGCAGAUUUGAUGGGAACAAGAUAUUUAGAAAUAAAAGAUUCCUGCCAAAGAGAAACAAGCAACUUGCCUUCAAGGGCUGAGCUUUGUCUCCUUUGUUGUAACCAAUUUUUUAUAUGGCCCUAUGUGUGUCAUCUCUGUAGUAGUGUGAUCUGCAAAGAUUGCUGCAUCAAAAUGUCUAUGCCAGUCAGACCUUGUGCACGCCUUCCACUUAACUUCUUUAAAAUGAUACGACUGGGCAAGGAAGAUGAUCAGGGCCUGCACAACCAAAAAGCUGCACAGCUUGAAGUAGAACAGUGGGAUUCAUCAAGAGUACCUCUUGUGUUUGAACCUCAUUGCUUAACACCAUCUUUUGCCUGCCGCAUAAAAAGUAUGAUGGAUUGGCCUUCUAUGGACAUCUGUAUCAAAUGUGAGCAAUACCUUCUGGAGAUGCUAUCCCAUCAUUCGCCUUGUAGAAAACGGCGUCUGUCAUGGACUGAUUUGAAAUAAUGGUUUUUACUGCUGUGUAAAAUUGGACAAAUGUAAACCAGUGAUCUUACAGAUUUAAAUGAAUUGAUCCUUGUUAUUUUUCCCCCUCUCUUCUCACCCAACAUGACAAAUUCUAUUAACCUGAUCUGGAAAACUAUACUUAUAAAAAAAUGUAAAACACCAUAUACAUCUUUGAUCUUCUUACUUUUAAUCAAUAAAUACUUUCAAAAGCCAUGCUUUAAGUCUUUUCGUCACAGUUUAAAUCUAUAUAUUUAAUGUUAAACCUAAGUGGUUGCAACUGUACACUUAAAAUAAGGGACUGUCAUCAAGGAAGGAUAUAGAAGAUUAUCACCUAUAGUGUAACUGUAGUUAAAUGUACAGUGUUGUGAAAAGUUGAAAUAUUUAGAUAAAGACAUAGCCAUUGCUAGAUAUCUGAGAAUUUAUAAGUUCUAACCUAUAUGGUCUGUAUGGCAAAUAUUGGCAAUACAGACCAUAAUGAUAAGCCAAUAUUUGCUAAGCCAAUAUUUGUAAAAAACAAAUUCUCUAUCCUGAUUCCCUCUUAAUACUAAAUUAUUAAAUGGUGGGAUUUAUACAUCAUAUUAUGUCAAAAACAAACUAGCCACAUUAAAGCUUAGCAUAAUAUGUAAAGCAGGCUUUGUAUUAGAGAUAUGAUAUAACUCUGGAACAAUUUUUUCCAAAUCAGUGACUCAAAGGGUUUGUCUCCAACUUCUGUUGGAUGUUGGAUCUUUUUCUUUAUCCCUUCUUCCAACUACUCAUAAACUAGAGGGAAAAAAUCUCUAGAAAGAAUGAAAAUGUAAGUUUCUUCUCUAGAUGAAACAUGUUAGAAUAGCCUUCCUAAACUCGUGUCUCCAGAUGUCUUGGAUUUCAAUUCCUGGCAACUUCAGCCAUCAUGAAGUUUAACACUUGGCUUCCUAGCUAUCACUGUAACAAAACUUUAGAAAAUACAAAAGAUCUUAAGUCAUAUAUUUUUCUCCACUCCUGAAUUCCAGCAAUUAAAUAGUGUAUUGCCUCAAAAUACUAUCAUUACAUGUUAUAUGAUAAAUUAGUACAUGUUAUCAGUGUUCUAUGCAACAUUUUCUAAUUUAUUUGUAACCCCAUUUGACAUAAAUUUGACAUAGUAAAAACAUUGAUUAGUGAAUUCAAGGUUUUGACAUUUUUUUAUCAUGUCCCAAAAUCAUUGGUGUAAAGUUGUUCUCUAGAACUGACAUGGCCAUUACAGCUGUGGUUCUUCAUUUUAGAAUAAGAAAGGAUAUUCUCCAGAGAUUGCUUAUCUAUAAUUUCCAGCAACCACAGCAGGACGGCUAAAGGGAAGGAAGGCUGAAAGUCAAAUUCAGCAGAUAUCUUUAGAGCAGAACCAAUAGUCUUUUGAGAAAAAAAAUUCUUAGACAAUCUAAGUGGUCUCAGUUUGAUGAUUAGACAUGGGGAAAAAUAUCUAGCAUAAUUUGCUCCUCUGACAAUUUGAGAAUCACCUGUCCAAGAUUUAACCAUAAUGUGCUAAAAGAACAAAUUAAAAUUAUUUAAUAUGCCAUGAAGAUCUUUUUGAUACAAAGUUAGUUUUAUGAGCUUGUUGUUUGCAGAAAUGCUUCAUGUGUAGUUCUCCAGAAGAGGGAGCAACAAAUCCUGAAAUUUUGAUUCAUUUGCACCCAUCAACACCCAGAUGUUUAAAUCAGUUUUAACCCUAACCUUUUCUGUUUCAACAAGAAUGUAAUAUUGAAAUUGUCAAUAAAUAGUUUUGUAUGUGAUAUAUAUUGAAUUAAAAUAUAC